AAGGGGAAGUGGGCUGUGCUAGUGAAUUUUCAGAGGGGAGCUUCUCAUACCUAUUCCUGAAAUGCAAGAUAGCAAACAUGUAGCAGUCUCCACAGGUUUGAUAAAUGCUAAACCACCACAGAUGCUGCGCGCGAGGGGUCGACAGAUAUAAAAGGCUAUGGAUUCCAGCCUUCCUUGUUUCCUCCUUUUCUUCUUGAUUGGCUGUGUCACAUGCUCUGUUGAUAACCACCACCAUCACAAUGGCACCCGCCACUUUGAUUACUGUGUGCUUGGAGCUGGGCCUGCAGGACUGCAGAUGGGAUAUUUCCUCUCCAAGGCCAAAAGAGACUACAUCAUCUUGGAGAGGAACUCAGGACCGGGCAGCUUCUUUCACAAAUAUCCCAGGCACAGGAAGCUCAUCAGCAUCAACAAGAUCCACACAGGAAGGCAGAACCGAGAGUUCAACCUACGCCACGACUGGAACUCGCUGCUGAGCGAUAAGCCCGACCUCCUGUUCAGGCGAGUGAGCAGUGAGUUUUACCCGCCAGCCGACGCCUUCCCACUCUACCUGUCCACGUUUGUGAAGGAGCUCGGGUUGAGGGUCCGCUAUGGCGUGGACAUCGGAAGGAUCAGGGCGGUGCAGUCAGCCACUGGCAGGAGCUACAUCCUGACUGAUCAACAGGCAUCAGACUACACGUGCAGCGUCCUCCUGGUGGCUACAGGUUUGUGGGUUCCUCAGAAGGUGGAGUUUGUUGGUUCUGAGCUGGUGGAGGGUUACGAGUCCAUUUCCACUAACCCAGAGGACUACAAAGACCAGGCCGUACUUAUCUUGGGGAAAGGGAACUCAGCUUUUGAAACAGCCCAGAGCAUCUUGGGGAGAGCAAGUCGGGUGCACAUGCUCAGUUCCAGCCCUGUUCGACUGGCCUGGCAAACACAUUACGUUGGAGAUCUCAGAGCUGUGAAUAAUGAGCUACUAGACACGUACCAGCUGAAGUCCCUCGAUGGGUUGGUGGAGGCACGCCUGGAGAAAAUCGUCAUCGCUCGACAAAAGGAGCAAGGCAGGAGGAGAUCAGGUGGAAAGAAGAAAGAGAAGAAGGGACAGUUGUACUUGACUUUAAGUAAGUACGUACAAAACCAGGAAAAGAAGAACCGUUCUGCAGUGACUGGAGAAGAACUGCCAGGAUAUCACAUCGACAACUUCCCUACACGAAACCCCUAUGACCGCGUGAUUCGAUGUCUUGGAUUCCGAUUCAACUUCAGCAUAUUUGACAACUCUGCCUGCCCACCAAACAGUGAAAAUGCAAAAGGAAGGUUGCCGGGGGUAACGGCCUGGUAUGAAGGGAAGAACACCCCCGGUUUGUUUGUGCUGGGAACUGCUGCUCACUCCAGAGAUUACCGCUCAUCUGCUGGAGGCUUUGUCCACGGAUUCCGUUACAUAGUGCGAGUUGUACAUCAUGUACUUGAACGUCGUUACCAUGGCAACAUGUGGCCAUCGACAAGGCUGUUGACAACGCAGCUACAGUCCUGGAUUCUGAAGCGGGUCGGCGAGGCCUCUGGGCCAUACCAAAUGUUCGAGGUGCUUGGGGAUGUUGUACUACUUCGAGGCUCUCACUGUGAAUAUGUGGAGGAGUUUCCGAUCCAGGCCCUGCCUCAGUUCUCCUUUCUCUCGGGCCAUGAGGUGUCCAACCAUGGACUGAUAGUUAUAGUCAUGCAGUAUGGGAAGAAGAAGAUAGACUAUCUGGGACGUAACAGGGCAGAAACAGACUGGGCUAAGGCUUGGAAAUCCAACUUUCUGCACCCUGUUUUAUACUACUAUGACAAACUUCCUACAGAGGAAGAAAUGAAGCUCCGUCCCCAUGGCUGGCCUCUGCCAAGACCAAAGGCAAUUCAUCACAUAGUUGAAGACUUUCUCACAGAAUGGGAGGGUCCCAUAUCUCACAUUCAGCCACUGCGGCGCUUCCUGGAGCACUGUGUCCAGACUGACCUCAGGACCUUCUAUGCAGAAUCAUGUUUCCGCUCAUCCCUUACCCACCGCAAGCCACCGCUGUUCUGUCAGCAAGGAUACUUGAAGCAACAGGGUGUCCCUCACAACAGUCAGCUGUGGCAGCACGUUCAUGACGCUGGGUUAAUGCCCACUGAGCAGGAUGGAGGCACGUCAGGGGCUGACCCCGCUUUCCCCAACUACCUGGCACAAGCUGGAGCCUCCAUGUCUUCAGGACUGAAACUUGACUUAUGAUUGUUUUACUUAAGGGUGUUAAAGCUAUGCCUAUGAUACUGUUUAGGUCCCUCAGACUUGCUACCUCCAGCACCCAUAUUCAUUCCCUCCACAAGACCAAAUAUUUUUGACAGAUCAGUCCCAACCUUAUUGGCCUCCCUACUUCAAAACCCUCAUCACCAAUUACAGAUUUCUACCACUUGAAUAUUUCAGCCAAAGAGUGAUUCGCCUUGCUUUAUUUUAAUAAUGUUGGGUCCUGAAGAAGUACACUACUCCAGUAAUUCAUUAGAAAAAAAUCUGAAAAAUAAGUAUCAUUUUGUGUGUUUUCUCUCCUGGUAAUCAUCUCAUGGCCCUGCAGACAUAUCAUGGGCCUCUUGGGGUCCAAACCUGCAGGUUGGAAAUCGCUGCUCACUGGUGAGAGGCACUUUGUCCCUUGAAAGCUCCCUUAAGUAUUCCUCACAAAAUAUUUAUAUACAUUCUAAUGUGCCAUUUUCAUAUCAUGUAAAUUUAGAUUAUAUGGACCUAUAUAGGUGGAGGGUGGGUGUUACAAAUGAUUAUGCAUUUUACAUGUUGUUACGUGAUUAAACGCAUCUUAAAGGGUGAAUACAAA